AUGUCUUUUCCUGUUAAUAUUUUCCAAUACCAACCAAACUUGCCAGCAAUUGAGUAUCAAUCCGAAGGCAAACCCGAGAAUUUUCUCGUCUUUAUCGGUGGUUUGGGUGAUGGUCUCCUUUGCACUAAGUACAUACCCCAGAUAGCGGAGCUUUUCAACAAAGAAUUGGGCGGGAAAUGGGGUGUUGUCGAGACUUUGAUUCAAUCGUCUUACAUUGGCUGCGGAACAGGCAGCUUGGGACGUGACGUACGUGAGUUGGCUCAAUUGGUCAAGUACCUUAGAUCCAAUAGAGGUACUCCACAGUCCAAGAUAGUGCUCAUGGGCCAUUCUACUGGGUGCCAGGACACAAUUGAAUACCUCUCCAAAUUCGCAUACCAAGACGACUUUGAGAGCAUCUUCAAAUUGGACGGUGGGAUUUUGCAAGCCCCUGUAUCGGAUACUGAGGCCUCUGAAUACUUCCACAAGGACACAAAUAUAAAGGAGGUCCUCAAGCAGGCCAAGGAGCUCAUUGACGCAGGAAGAGGCAACGAGUUGCUUCCUGAGGAGACAAGAAAGUUGUCUGAUGGUGUCCCGGUCUCUGCCUACAGAUUCUACUCCUUGAAUGCGAGAAGAACAGACGACGACUACUUUUCGUCUUAUCUCAAUGAGGAAGACUACAAACAGACUUUCGCAAAGGUAACUCUGCCUUUGCUUGUUCUUGUCGGAGAGAAAGAUGAGUUCAUUCCGCCAUAUACUGAUCGUAAAGCCUUAUUUGAAGACUGGAAGAAGGUCACACCGGAGACCGUCUGGAGUGAAUUCAGCAAGGUCGUCAAGGGUGCUGACCACAAAGGCGGUGGUCCAUUGUCCGAUGAGGGCGCUUCUGAAGAUAUCGCCAAAACGGUUGUUGAGUUUAUCAAGAAAAACUUUUAA